AUGUUAAAUUACAUAUUCGACUGUGAAAUGGAGCCGGAAUCAAAUUGCAAAUCGAGUCAUCAAUGGCAGGAAGCCGAACAACCUGUUGAUAGUUUACUUCAAGGGCUUCAGUCAGUAUUGAGAAAGGUUUAUAUUGCCGAAGCUAUUCUCUUUAAACGAUUGGAGUGCACUUCGACAGCGAAAGAAGCCGAACACUUGCAGUCAGGAUUGAUGAGACUUAAUGAAGUUGAGCGAAGCCUACAACUGAGAAUUUUGCAUCAUGGGGAGGCAGUGGAGGAUCGUCUCUCGCCUUUAGCUCGUCACGAAGCAGAUAUGUGGCAAGGAGAUUUGCGAUGUGGGAGUGAUCUGUUCAUGGAAGGAGACUGUGAAGCCACGGGUCGGGAUAUUCGCCCGAUAUCGCCAUGUAACUCCGAAGAAGAGUAA